AUGACCGGUAUAAAAGAUCGUCGCGAAGAGAAGGAUAACGCGGGCGAGAUUAUCUCACGAAUGAUUGCCACUGUGAAGACUCUACUUGAUGCGAAGCCGACAACUAUCAACUCGCGAGACCAGUAUGAUGCUAAGACCUUUCAUUACGCGUUGCAGAUCCACAUUGAGUAUCGGGAAGCCCCUCAAGCUAUUCAAGCCCUGCUGAAUGCCCAUCCAUCUAUCGAUACGCUCAACUCUCGGAACGAUCGAGGCAUGACUGCUCUUGGUGAGGCGAUCAGGUCAUUUAAAUCUUAUGGCAGCACUUUUGAAGAAGUAACAAGCUUAAUCACAAUGUUGCUGGUGUACGGGGCAAAUCAACGCUUGUACGACACCAAAGGACGCAAUAUCCUCCGCCUACUUUGCAUGUAA